UAGUCGCUUUGCUUUUUAUUACAAAAGGACACGUUGCCAGGAUAAAGUCAUAAAUAAAAAAAUCACCAAAAAUUAAAUGAACGGUGUUUUUCUUUGGCCAGUAAUCAAAUAAACUCAACGAAGCGACCAACUCAUAGAGGAAAACACACAAACAAUUACCACAAAGGAAAUACCAUUUUCCGGAGAGGAUAUAUCAAAGUUAUUAAAUUAUCGACAAUGGCAACAUGUGUCAUUUUGUUGCCAUGGUUGCAAUAAAUUAGCCAUUGAUAUAUUCGAAGAAUUUGAAGACAAUAUUUUUCCAUUGUGAAGUUUUGGAAAACUUGUCAUAUUUUUUUCCUAUCGUUUUUUAUUUUCUAACAAACCAACACUGACUUUCGAUUAAUCAGGACAUUUGAGAAUUUCUAAGUGCUUUCUAAUUAAGGACACGUGAUGAGCGCCGAAUCAUUUAUUUCAGAUGAGGAACGCUAUGCCGACGAUACAUUUGAACAAGAAUCUGACACUGAAGUGCCGGAGGCAACUGAAAUUGAAAGUGAAAUAUCCGAAGUUAGUGAUGCAGAAGACAACGAUGGCCAAGGACAUGAUUCGGCCAGUAACUCAAAAAUGGUCCCCUUUAGAUAUAGUGCCCCCCUACAAACAGAUGCCGUGCCAUUUGACAGUUCAUCGGACGAGGAGGAUGAUGUUAUUGUGGGCCAAACAUUGGUGGAGAUUAAUACACCAUCUAUGCAUUUCCAAGAAGAGGAAAAUUUGACAAUGACACGUAUACGUCGUGAAAUACGUCCACUAAAAUAUCAAAAAACACAACCUUUGAAGAGUAUUGAUGAGGACAGUGAUGGUUCUGUUAGCGAAGAAGAAUCCCUUGUUGACAGCGAAGAGGAAAGGGAAUUCCAAAAGAUCCGUGAAAUGGAAGAACAUUAUUUGCUACAGAACUCAGCCAAGACACCGAAACAAAUCAACAGUAGUGAAGGUAGCAGUAAUCGUUUGGAAAGUGUGCAAUCAGAUUCCAAAACUUCAGCAAGUGAGAGUUCCCAGGAAGACAAGGAUGAUGACUCAAACUCUCUGCACAAGGAAGAAAGUUUAGGAACUGAAAAACAAACACCCAAGGAAUCUGAAAUAGAUCCCAUACCAGAAUUGAUCGACAAAAUUAUGGAACAAUUUACACCCAUACCCCAAAUACCACAACAAAUUCAAACAGAUUUUGUAGAAAUCGUUGGAAAUUCUUUGACCAGUUUACAAAACCAAAGUAGAGAUGUCGAAGAAAUUGAUACCAUCGUUACUGAUGACUUGCCACAACCAUAUCAUAGGCCAGAUGAUUCCAUUCGUAUGACAUUCAGCUUUGAACCCAAUCACAUUUUAAGUCCUGAAAAUAUUGCAAAGGUAUUUUUCGAUGCUAUGAAUGCUACAAAUAUUACCUAUGCUUCGGAACAGCAGAAAUCACAUUCGAAGAGCGACGAAUCACAGAAUCUUGAGGAACGCAAAGAAGCGAAUGCUGAAAAUUAUUCUCAAAGUAGAGGUAACUCUGUGGAAGAGAGAAAUAAUAAACAAAAUGAUGAAAUAAGUAAUGAACAUGGUGACAAGGAAGUCGAAUUGGAAUAUCACGAAAAAUCCUCAUCUCCGGAAGGUGUUGAUAAUGACAACUAUUACGAAGAUGAAAGCUACUACGAUACCCAAUUUGAAUAUCAAAUAACCAGCAAAACACCCAGCUGCUUCAAUUCCGAAGAUUAUGUUUUUCAUGCUAAUUUCAUAAGACCAUCUCCAACAACGGAUCGUUUCAGAGUAAAAUCACAUCCUCGAAAAAGUAUGAGUUUCUCCAAUGAACGCAUGCGCGAAAUCGAACGUCACAAUCAAAUUUUAUUGCGUAAAAUUCUUACUCAAAAACCCACUUACGUGGCAAAGAGUGCACAACACAAAUCUCAAUCUUCUAAGACAAAUUCCCAAACAAAUGUUCGUCUGACAACAUCAGCUGUAAAUCGUAAAAAACAACAAAGGCAAAUCGAUUUGGAUAAUCAGGUAUUAAAACGUAAACUAGAGGCUAUAGCCCUGCGGCGAAGACCACUAAUAACAUAAUUUAACUAAUUUCCCCAAUUGCGGUAUAUAAUUCCUCAACAAUAUAUUUUCUAGUUUUUCAAUAUAUAUAUUCAAAAAUAAUAAAUAUUUUAUUUUUGUCAAAA